AUGUGCAAGCAACAGAAUUACAAAGAAGCACUUGAGGCAUUCAAUUUCCAUCUAAAGAAGUCGAGCAUCCAGCUAGAACCAAACACCUAUGUGAAUCUAAUCUUGGCCUGCACCAACUCUAGAUCUCUAAAUUAUGGCAAGAAAAUCCAUGAUCACAUUUCAAAAUCCAAGUGUAAGCCAGACCUUGUUCUCCAAAAUCAUAUUCUUAAUAUGUAUGGAAAAUGUGGUUCUUUGAAGGAUGCUAGAAAAGUUUUUGAUGCAAUGCAGCUGCGAAAUGUGGUCUCUUGGACUAUAAUGAUCUCUGGAUACAUGCAGAAUGACCAAGAGAAUAAUGCCAUCAUUAUGUAUAUUCAAAUGCUGCGAUCAGGCAGACAACUGCAUGGCCAUGUCAUUAAAUCAGGGUAUGAUCCUCACUUAAUUGCACUAAACGCUCUUAUCUCAAUGUAUACAAAGCUUGGACAAAUUGCUCAUGCCUCAGGGAGGAACAAUUUUGCUGGGUGCUCCCUCUGUGACAUGUAUGCAAAAUUAGGAUUCUUAUCUUCGGCAAAAAGGGCAUUUAAUCAUAUUGAAAGCCCGGAUUUAGUGUCAUGGAAUGCAAUUAUUGCAGCAUUUUCUGAUAGUGGUGAUGCUAAUGAAGCCGUAUCAUUUUUCUACCAGAUGAUGCAUGCAGGAUUGAUGCCGGAUGACAUUACUUUUCUCUCCUUACUCAGUGCUUGUGGGAGCUCUGUGACGCUUAACCAAGGCAUGCAAAUGCAUUCUUACAUUAUGAAAAUAGGUUUAGAUAAGGAAACAACUAUAUGCAACUCCUUGCUGACAAUGUACACUAAAUGUUCAAAUCUACAUGAUGCAUUCAGUGUUUUCAAAGAUUUGAGUAAAAAAGCCAAUUUAGUUUCUUGGAAUGCAAUUCUAUCAGCAUGCUUGCAGCACAAACAUGCAGGAGAGGCUUUUAGAUUAUUUAAACUAAUGCUUUUUUCUGAAAAUAAGCCCGACAAUAUUACUAUUACUACCAUAUUAGGAACUUGUGCUGAAUUGGCUUUUCUUGAAGUUGGGAAUCAAGUCCAUUGCUUCCGUGUUAAAAGUGGGCUAGUGGUUGAUGUUUCUGUCAGCAAUAGAUUGAUUGACAUGUAUGCAAAGUGUGGAUCACUUAAACAAGCUCGAGAUGUUUUUGAUUCAACCCAGAACCCAGAUAUUGUCUCAUGGAGUAUUUUAAUUGUUAGCUAUGCUCAGUUUGGACUUGGACACGAGGCUCUGAAUCUCUUCAGAAUGAUGAGAAAUCUUGAUGUCCAGCCUAAUGAGGUCACAUAUCUAGGGGUUCUCAGUGCAUGCAGUCACAUUGGAUUGGUGGAGGAAGGUUUGCACUUGUAUAAAACCAUGGAAGUGGAACUAGGUAUUGCACCAACAAGAGAGCAUGUUUCUUGCAUGGUUGAUUUGCUUGCUCGUGCUAGAUGCUUGUAUGAAGCAGAGAAUUUUAUCAAGAAAAUGGAAUUUGACCCUGACAUUACUACAUGGAAAACUCUACUUGCUUCUUGUAAAACUCAUGGUAAUGUUGACAUUGCACAGAGAGCUGCAGAAAAUAUACUAAAACUUGAUCCUUGCAAUUCUGCUGCUCUAGUUCUACUUUCUAAUAUACAUGCUUCUGCCGGCAAUUGGAAAGAAGUUGCCAGACUACGAAAUUUGAUAAAAGAAAUGGGUGUAUAG